AUGGCUGCCAACAAAGUCAGCCUCGCCAAUUUGGCUGACCUCAAGAAUGCCUCCGACGAUGCGAUCGCCAACUACCUCAACUCCCUCUCUUUCAAGCAGUCGCACACCAUGACCGAUGUUCGCCUCGCCAUCGGAUAUGGUGCCUUUGUUAUCGCCGCGGCCGCCGGUGGCUGGGAUUACUAUUUUGGCUUCGAAAACACCAAGCUCUACACAGCCAUCGCCGUCGCCGUGUACACGCUGCUGCAAGGCGCGUUGGCCUUCUGGAUUUCUUUCGUGGAGCACGGCACCGUAUACCAGGGCCAGGCGCCCAACGGCGGGCAGAAGAUUACCAUUGCGAGCUUCAACGCGAAAAAACACGAACCCUUGUACAAACUGAAGGUGACGACACAGCCAGCGUCAGGAGGCAAACCCGAGACCAUUGAGCUGGAAAGGUCGUUCACGGAAUGGUUUGAUGAAUCGGGCUUGUUUGUCGCAGCGCCUUUCCAGCGGUUCCUCGCGUCAAGUAUUCCGGUCGUGGGCAGGGCAGACCCCAAGAGGGUGAAGAGUGAGUCGAGGGACUUGCUCGAGGGCGACUCGGAUCUUCUUGAUGCGGUGAUGAGUGCAGAGGCAGAGACAACGGGCGCCGACAAGAAGAGUGGCGGUAAGAAGCGCAAGGUGUAA